GCUCUCCUGCAAUUGCAGUUCCAGUGCAAUUCACCUUCGAUAGCAGGAGAACAAGAAAACACGCACUAACUCACCUACCGAUACACAGACUUCCAUACUUUAAGCCUUAAGGUAACGUCAUGCCUUCAUUAGCCGUUGCUGGAAAGUGUUCAUCAGAGAUUUCCAAAGACAGGAAAAAGAAGAAAGCGAAAAACGCCGAAGCCGAGGCUCAAAAAUCCCCUGAAUUGGACUCUUCCAUGGAGCAAAAAUUUAAGAAAGAGAAGAAGUCAAAAAAGACCAAGAUCAGUAAUUCGGACUCUGAUUCCGAAGAACUGAAGAAGCAGAAGAAGAAGGAGAAGAAGCGAAAGGCGGCGGUGAUUGACGGUGACAAUGUCAAUGAAGAGGAGAGGAGUGAUACGAGCUCGGAGUUGGGGGAGCCGAUGAAUUUGAUGAAGAAAAAGGCUAAGUUAACGGAGGUAGACGAAGAUGAUGACGAGAAGAGUGUGAAAGAGGAGCAUCCGAAUGCUUUAACGAAGUUUAGGAUAUCGGAGAGGUUGAGAGAGGCAUUGAAAGUAAAGGGAAUUGAAUAUUUGUUUCCGAUUCAGGCCAUGACUUUUGAUACCGUUUUGGAUGGGUCUGAUUUGGUCGGUCGAGCUCGCACUGGUCAGGGUAAAACGUUGGCCUUUGUGCUGCCUAUACUGGAGUCCUUGACAAAUGGACCUGCAAAAGCAGCACGAAAGACUGGAUACGGGAGGGCACCUAGUGUUCUUGUACUUUUACCCACUAGGGAAUUGGCCUGCCAGGUGUUUACUGACUUUGAACUGUAUGGUGGAGCAUUGGGUCUGACAUCUUGUUGUAUAUACGGGCAAUCCCCUUACAGACAGCAAGAGAUUCAACUAAAAAGAGGGGUUGACAUAGUAGUAGGCACUACUGGCCGUGUUAAGGAUCACAUAGAGAGGGAGAAUAUCAACUUGAGCUCAUUGAGGUUCCGUGUUCUUGAUGAAGCUGAUGAAAUGCUGAAGAUGGGUUUUGUUGACGAUGUUGAGUUUAUUCUAGGCAAGGUUGAAAGUGCAAGCGAAGUUCAAACACUCCUUUUUAGCGCCACGUUACCUGAUUGGGUGAAGCAAAUUGCAGCCAAGUUCCUGAAACCUGAUAAGAAAACUGUAGACCUAAUUGGCAAUGAGAAAAUGAAGGCUAGUGCAAGUGUCAGGCAUAUUGUCCUGCCUUGCUCUACUUCAGCAAGAGCCCAACUUAUUCCUGACAUUAUUCAUUGCUAUAGCAGAGGAGGUCAAACUAUUAUUUUCACUGAGACAAAGGAUUCAGCUUCUGAACUUGCUGGCUUAUUGCCAGGAGCACGUGCUUUGCAUGGUGACAUACAGCAGUCCCAGCGAGAGGUUACACUCAGUGGCUUCAGAUCCGGAAAGUUCACCACAUUAGUGGCCACAAAUGUGGCAGCACGUGGAUUGGACAUUGACAAUGUCCAGUUGAUAAUCCAGUGUGAGCCCCCACGAGAUGUAGAAGCAUAUAUCCAUCGUUCUGGACGUACAGGCAGAGCGGGGAACACUGGUGUUGCUGUAAUGCUUUAUGAUCCUAGGAGAUCAAACAUUUCUAAGAUAGAAAGAGAAUGUGGUGUGAAGUUUGAACAUGUAUCUGCUCCACAGCCAGCUGAUAUUGCUGAAGCAGCUGGUGCAGAAGCUGCAGAAAAAAUUUCCCAAAUCUCUGACAGCGUCAUUCCGGCAUUUAAGGCUGCUGCAGAGGAGCUACUGAACAACUCUAAUUUAUCCCCAGUAGAACUUCUUGCAAAAGCUCUUGCCAAGGCUGCUGGUUAUUCAGAGAUCAAGAGUCGUUCAAUUCUUACUUCCAUGGAAAACCAUGUCACGUUACUACUGGAGUGUGGAAGGCCCAUCUACACGCCCUCCUUUGCUUACAGCGUGCUGCGAAGGUUCUUACCUGAAGAAAAGGUCGAGUCAAUUAAGGGUCUUGCUUUAACGGCUGAUGGAAAAGGGGCCGUGUUUGAUGUGGCUGCUGAAGAUCUGGACUUGUUUCUCAAGGGCCAGGAAGGUGCUGGUGGGGUUAGCUUGGAUGUUGUGAAGUUAUUGCCACGGUUGCAAGACAGAGACCAGGUAAGAGGUGCAAGAUUUGGGAGUGGUGGUCGUGGUGGCUUUUCUGAUAGGAGGGGGGGUGGUAAUCGGUUCUCUGGGGGAAGAGGGGGAAGAGGCGGUUCAUCUGAUAGGAGGAAUGGUCAGUUCUCCAAAAGUCCAAGCGGUGGGGGAGGUUUCAGAAAUAACAGCCGUAAAUGGUGAAGUUUUCUUGCCAAAAUGGCAGCUUGAAAUUUUGUGGUGGUUUUUAUGAGUUAUUCUGUUUUCUUAAUUAAGCAAUUCAAUUGACAAUUUUUUAGCAGGUGCAUCCCAUUUCUCGUGCCUGUAUGUUUCGGUUUUUAUGUAUGUCCCAUUUUUUCCCCAGUAGAUAAUUCUACAAUAGAGUUUUGGGGGUUUUGCUGGGUUCCCCAUCUUAGGUCCUUGAUUUUGCAGAAACUGCGAGAUUUGUAUCUUCAAUCUGCGAUAGAGCUCAGUGUAUCUUCAAUUAAUUAUCGAAUCAUCUUAGAUUGUUUGGGAGAUAUGUUUUAUUUUCGCUGAAAAA